UUUUCAAUUUUACUUUCUUGUUUGGAGUGUCCCACUUUUGAAGCCUCUCUGUUUUCCUUUGUCUCGCUUUACAAACCCUCAUCUGUGUUCCAAUCAAAAGGAUCCACAAAGAAAAAUAGCAACAUUGCAUCAAAUGGGUACUUCUGGCGACAGUUUUCUCCAAGUUCUCUUCAAGAACUUCGAUGUUCUUGCUCUACCCUUGGUCACCCUGGUUUACCCUUUAUAUGCUUCGAUAAAGGCCAUAGAGAGUAGGUCUAGUAUUGAUGAUCAGCAAUGGCUCACUUAUUGGGUUCUCUAUUCUUUGAUCACUCUGUUUGAGCUCACAUUUUCCAAAGUUCUUGAAGUGCUUGCCAUUUGGCCUUAUGCCAAGUUGAUACUUAGUUGCUGGCUAGUUCUUCCGCAGUUCAGUGGGGCAGCACAUGUUUAUAGGCACUAUGUUAGACCAUUCUAUAUGAAUCCACAAAUGCCACAAAUGCCAAAGUUUCCAGGAGCCUCUCAAAUGUGGUAUGUUCCUCGAAAGAACAUAUUUAGUAAGCAGGAUGAUGUCCUUUCUGCUGCUGAGAGGUACAUGGAAGAGCAUGGAACUGAAGCAUUUGAAAGACUCAUAACCAAGGCUGACAGAGAAGCUAGAGGACGGAGGAACGGAAGUUAUAUGAUCUUUGAUGAUGAUUAUAUAUAUUAAUUAACUGUGUUAACCCUUAAACUCAUCUGUAGUAUCACCGUGGCGAUACUUUAAUAGUGAUUUAAGUGUAAGACUUAUGAACUUAGUUAAUCUAGAUAUAAGUCUAGUUCAGGUUGAGAUAUUUCAUCUAGUUAAUUCAACUAUAAAGGCAAAAGGAGGAAAGAUAAAAAAAAUGGAGAAAGUGAUGGAGAAUCAUUGCCGUGAUCAGAGUCAGGAGUAAUCACUACCUUCUUUUCCAAAGUUUUUUUCGACUUCAACUAUGUGGAUAUGAACACACUGACUUUACUUUUCGCUGAACUAAAUUUGAUAAGAAAAAUGUGCAUAUAUUCAAUUUAUUCAUUGAAGACUA